UGUCAGUUCUGCGCGUGUUUCUUGCAAAAAAACAGCAAGAGCAAACGAGGUGGGAAACAACGCCGAAAAGCGGAACAGAAGCGUGCGUUAGAAAAAGGAAACGCUGUUUCCGGGAGUGGAAAUUCUUGAAGGGAAAUAGUUACAGGACUAAGAAGUCAGCGUAAUAAUCUAUAGCUUUAGACAGAGCAAGAUGGCAACGACCAGCACCGACGUCCAAAUGGAGGCCGUCGACCCGGCCGCCGGCGGCGGGGCUCUCAGCCCCAACACGAUGAAUGGCAACGGCAACGAUUUGGCCACCAACGCAGAGGAUAUGACUUCCCGGGAUUACUACUUCGACUCGUACGCCCACUUCGGCAUCCACGAGGAGAUGCUGAAGGACGAGGUGCGGACGUUAACAUACCGAAACGCGAUGUACCACAACAAGCACUUGUUCAAGGGUAAGGUGGUGCUUGAUAUCGGUUGCGGAACCGGAAUACUGUCGAUGUUCGCCGCGAAGGCUGGUGCGGCCAAAGUGAUCGCCAUCGAUUGCUCGAACAUCAUUGACUAUGCACAAAAGAUCGUCGAGGCGAAUCAUCUCCAGGAGACGAUUACGCUGGUGAAGGGCAAGGUCGAGGAAGUGUCGCUACCAGAGGGCUACGAGCAGGUGGACAUCAUAAUCUCGGAGUGGAUGGGGUAUUGUUUGUUCUACGAGUCAAUGUUGGAUACGGUGAUAUAUGCGCGCGAUAAGUGGCUCAAGAAAGACACCGGGAUGAUGUUCCCCGAUCGGUGCACACUGUUCGUCACGGCGAUCGAAGAUCGGCAGUAUAAGGAUGAGAAGAUCAACUGGUGGGAUGAUGUAUACGGUUUUAACAUGAGCUCGAUUCGCAGGGUGGCCAUCAGCGAGCCGCUGGUGGAUGUAGUCGACCCAAAGCAGGUCGUUACUACCGCGUACAUGAUCAAAGAAAUUGACUUAUACACCGUGAAGAAGGAGGACCUGGAGUUCGAGUCGUCAUUCCAUUUGAUGGUGAAACGCAAUGAUUUCGUUCAGGCGCUGGUUACGUACUUCAAUGUAGAGUUUACGAAGUGCCAUAAGCAGCUCGCGUUCAGCACGGCGCCCGAUGCCGCUUACACGCACUGGAAGCAAACCGUGUUCUACAUUGAUGACUACUUGACAGUAAAGAAGGGCGAAGAGAUCCACGGAACGUUUACAAUGAAGCCAAAUGUGCGCAACAACCGGGAUCUCGAUUUUUCCAUUGAUCUGCACUUUAAGGGAGAGCUGUCUCAAGUGGACGAGAAAAACCAUUACAGAAUGCGCUAGAAGGUGAUGGUUACAGGAAUGCCCUUGAGCGGAUGAAUUUGUUGUGGGCUCUCCAGAACGGUUCGUUCCGUGUCGAAACUACCACCAGUAA